CCGCAUUGAAAUAUCUCAGUGCGCGACGUCCGUCUUUCUGCCGUCAGGGCUCCUCCCAAUGUUCCCCAACCGCCUGUCCCACGUUUAGUCACGUGACCGUUGAUGAAUCAUUGGCGCGCCUAAAUUGUCGUCUGUACAUUUAGCCGAGCUGAGCGAGAUCAGAGCAGACGAUACUUUUGCGCUGGGACGUCAAGUUUAUUUGUGCUUACAUUGAUUAUCAUUCGGAUACCUGUACGUAGGAAAGAUGUCAUACAGAGCCAACAAAUCAGGCCUUAGCGCCGAGACACAGGAUAAGAUUAACAAGAAAUAUGACAGUGAGUGUGCUGGUGAGAUGUUGAACUGGGUGGCCAGCAUGACGGGAGAGUCGUUCAACACAGCAGGGGACAUGGACAACUUCCAAGAGGUCUUGAAGGACGGUGUUCUACUUGGAAAACUUGCUAAUGCCCUGAAGCCAGGGAGCAUUCCAGCAAAGAAGUUGAAGUCCACAACACUGAGUUUCAAACAGAUGGAACUUAUCCAGCUAGCAGUAGAUGUAUUUAAACAAAUGGGCGUUAAAGACACCGAGUCAUUCCAGUCUGUGGACCUCACAGAACGUGUUAACCUUAACCAGGUCGUCAUUUGUCUGCAGUCAGUUGGAAGGAAGGCUGGGCAUGGACCAAAGGAAGCACAAGAAAACAGGCGCGACUUUUCGGACGAACAGUUGAAAGCUGGCCAAAGUGUCAUUGGUCUUCAGAUGGGUACUAAUCAACACGCUAGUCAAGCUGGAAUGAGCCUUGGGAAGAUGAGGAUGAUCACAAAUGACGAAAAACAGUGAAAAUAACAAUCUCAUGUAGUAACAAGCACUUAAAGCAUCAAGACAUCUAUGACUCUGCUUCUUGCCUUUCACACAAAAGGCUUGUCCGACAAAAACGAUCUUGCAAGGGACCAGUCAUUGGCUGGUUUCAUGUUGUGUGAAGUUCAUCAUAUUGGCGUGUCUAUGAAUGAAACCGCUGUGAAGUUUAGGAUGAAUCGUCAUGAAUGAACGGAUGUUUUUCCUUGGGACCAACUUUAAGUGCGAACUAAACCAAUGAGUGGUCUCAAACUGUAAUGUUAAAUAUUUCCAUCAGUGCAUCUGUACCCAGGAUCAGAGGGUCAGACAGUGUUAUUAUAACCAAAAUGCUCUCCAAGAUUCUCAGAAAUUCUCAUCUCAAAUUUGUUGUAAAAAAAUAUGUUAUUCAACACUGUGCAUAAUGUAUUCAGUUGGAAAUGAAAUCUUCAGUUUGGAACCUUUUGCCACAUGUAUAUGUAUAUCACGCAUAGUACUUAUCAUGAGUUGAACAUUUCAAAACGGCGAUCACUGUCAUUGUCAUCAUGGGACCAAGUUCUAGAUAUAUCAUAAUUGCUAUGUUUGCAAUAUUGGUAAUUCAAACAAGUUUACACAUGCUUAGAUUAGUUAGAUAAUACAGUUGUGUACGGAGGAAAGGGAGAGAAAUAAAUAUAUAUUCAUUGACA